ACAGAAAACUCGAAUGAUGGGUCAUUAUCAAACGGAGGCAAUUUGGCUAAGAAUGUUCUACAAUGUCGGCUCUUAACCAACCUGCAUGCACGAAAGGGGUUUUAGAAUCAUAAAGGACGACAAUAAUUAUGAUUAAUUGUUUAAAAUUUGACCGCUCUCUGUUUAGAGUCAUAUCCAUUCGUAUUUAAUUUUCUCCCUCUUCUUGCUCUUAUAUACAGGGCAGAAUAUAUGACACAGAUGCGAAUUAACUUUCACACACAAAAUAAAGCAAGGUAUAAUAUCUAAACUUAGAAAGGAGAGUCCCCCGAGGACUUCGAUGCCAGCAAGGGAUAUCAACCCAUGAAGAGAAUGUCGUCGACAUCAUUGCCCGGAUCAUUAGAGACAACAGUUCCUUCGACAACUAUAGACUCGGCAAUGACGCAUUCAAUGCGGACAUUAGCGUCGGACAAUGAGCUAGCGCGGAGUAGCGUCAAACCCGUCGUCGACAUCAACAUGCCGACGUCACCCCCGACAUCGUCUUAUUUUUCGACGUUCCAUUCUUCGGGAGAACCCCUCAACAGCACUGUGUAUUCAACGAACCUUACCCAACCAUCGGUGUGGGACCAGCCGACAAUGAUAGGACUCUCAGUGACACUGUGUCUUCUCAUAUUCAUAAGUUUGAUCGGAAAUUCUCUCAUUCUGCUAACAAUGGUUAUCUUCAAGCACAUGAGGACGAAGACGAACAUUUUUAUCGCGAAUUUGGCUUUCGCCGAUCUUGCCGUGACGCUCCUCUGCAUGCCUUUCACCUUAACGACAAUUAUCACUGGAAAGUGGGUCUUCGGCAUGGUCAUGUGCAACACCAAUGCAUUCUUUGAUGCUCUGUGUCUUGUCGGUUCUAUCCACAGUCUCAUGUACAUAAGCAUCCACAAGUUCUUCUCGCUGGUGAAGCCGUUGUCGAGGAUCAUCACACAUCGUCGCAUGUGGAUGAUGAUCUCCGUGGCAUGGUUGUCGGCGUUCUCCUGCGCCAUCGGCCCUCUCGUCGGAUGGUCUUCGAACGAGUUCAAGGUUGGCACGACGCAGUGUGGUCCGAAGUAUCCCGAGACUCCUUUGGAGCGUUCCCAUGCCUACUACGUCCUCACCGUCGGGUACUUUAUCCCAAUCCUAGUCAUCAUCGUCCUCUACACCUUUAUCUUCCGGACCAUCAGUCAAUACACCGAACGCCUACGCCUCCACUCUUCCAUGGAUAUCCAACAAAUAUUUCGCCAACAAAAGCGAAUCAUCAGCACCCUCUUUCUUCUCAUCUUGUCUUUCGUGCUUCUCUGGACGCCAUAUUUUGUGUAUGCAAGUCUUGGAAUGUUCUUGGGAUUCGACAAGCUUCCCGUUUGGUUGAAUUUAUUUGGUUAUUGGUGUGGAUAUGCCAAUUCUGCAGUGAAUCCUAUUAUAUAUGCAUGGCGGGCGAAAUCAUUCCGGGAUGCUAUAAAGGAUUUAUGCUGUUGCAGAAAGAGGAGUCCAUUCAGCUUAGGUGGUUCUUCAGGUCGUGUUGCGAAAGAUGCAUGGAACACUAGACGAGACCCGUAUACCCAGUCUCCUAAAAGAUCCGCUAGGGCCAAACCUGUCAGCAACCUAACCAAGAAGAAGAGCAUUAGCCUCCAGAGUCUUAGUAACGUCAACAACCUCAUCUUCCCGUACGUUACAUCAUCAAGACCUGUUGCAGCCGAAGACAACACCAACAGCAGCCGGGACACCCUCUAUUCGGAACAUCCCUUCAGGGAGCCAACGGGGAGUCUAUGGUCCAUAGACGGCGGUUCUUAUACCAGUGAUGUUGCUUACAGAGGAGCAGGAGAAGGGGAAGGGAUCAGUGGGGUUAAGAAGGGGAACAACAACAUGACGACAUUGGAACGCGGACAGAAUCUAUUCGAGAUGGCCGUGAUGGCGGCCGAGCAGGACCGGAUGGUGAAUUCACAAUCAUCCCUUGACAGUGUGACCAGUCGGGGUGCCCGAUGCCUCAGUGACGGUGCCAAGGACAAUCUCGAGAUGGACUUCUACGAGGUCCGUCCGAGACCGAUGCAAACUGUGUCGUCUUUCAGGUCUUUCCAAGGUUCCGCGCUCAAAUCGCAUCUCAGCCCAGAAAACGAAGAUGGGCCGAGGGUGCCGAGUUUCGCGGAUCCCGUCCCUCUCCAGGUAUAUGGGACUUUUGCAUUGGAGUUUUGAGAAUAAAAGCCUGCGAAUUCUAUCAUUAUCAUUAUGGCCAACACUCUGAAGGGCACGCUGUGACAAAUUUUAAGAUUGAUCAUGAAAAAAAAAUUGGCCAGUCAAGAUACUAGUAACUGUUACAUGCUAUCAUUCACACUAUCAACUAAUCAAGAUCGUUGUUUUUAAACUUACGAUGGUCUUCGUGUAAUCUUUGUGUAACUUGUUUUUUAUGGCCAAUAGUACAGUAUAAAAAUGAUAACAGCUCUGCAUUUAUUUGCAUAUUAGACUUGGAAGUUUUGCAGGCCUAUAUACUGAAAACACCGUUUGCAAAUUGAUAAUGUCAUAUAUGACAAAAAUCCUAACAUACCCACCAUACUCAUAUGAGCACGAGUGGCAGUUAUUCUUCCCUUAUGAAUAUUAAAUGGUGACAUGUUUCAGGCAAGAUAUACGAUAAAGCGGCAGGUGCUAAUGUCUCAUAAAGUAUACAUUUUAAUGGCCUCUUUAUUUCAUUUUUUAUUUAUAAAAGUUACAUCUCUUUGUGAUUAUUGUAAUAAAGAGUCCUCUCAAUAAGCCUGUUUUAGCAUUUGCAAAAUGCUUCAAUAUCUAAAGUGUUGUCAUGUUAUAAGCGCUCUGGGUGACACAUAUUCAAAUCAUUUUCAAGUAACACGAUAAAAAAAUAAUGUAUUAUCUAUUUGUGUGCAAAUGUAUAUAUUAAUAAGUUGUAUUUAUUUUAUUGCAUCAUCGCAUACAAUAAAACUAAGAAAAAUUUCUUAAUCGUAAGUUAAUUUUACUUAUAUUUCAGUCACGAGUCUUUCCCUAGGCGGCCGUACGCAGAGUCGAAAACAGCCAUUUUUAAAUUUUUGUUUUGGUGCCAGCUACAUUAUAGGUGGUUUGAAUAAAAACGAAUUAAACGUCUGUUCUCGACUCGCCGUAUGGCCGCCGUAUAAAGCAAAUCACUUUAACUCUUACAGUGAUCAUGGACCUAUAGGUCCAUGAAGUGAUAAUGGGACUGUUGUGAUGAUUAUGGAGGUGAUGAUGAUAAAGAUUAUUAUGAUUAUAAUGACGAUACUGGUGAUGAUAUUGAUGAUGAUGAUUGUAUUGCUGAUGGUAAUUACUACUGUGGAUGUUAAUAUUGCCGAUGGUACCCUACUACUACUCCUACCGGCUCCUUCUACUUCUACUACUACUACACUACUAC